GUACUUAUUUGGCUUCCAUUUUGUCUACGGAAUUUGCUUGGCAAAUACCAAAUAAGUAGAUAUAGAUUUAUAUUUAUUUUUUUAAUGUUGGGCACAGUGACUAUCUGUCAAGUGUUAGCGUUUUCACUGUCACUAGUGUCUUUGUCAUUGUCACUAUCAAAAAUGCAAACAAAUCAACGUUACAUAUAUUGUCAUUUUUAAAAGUUCUGUGAUGCUAACUUGUAAAGUUUUUGUGGGUUACUAUUGUGGAUUUAUAAAUUUUUAGUCAAUUAAAACUUAUCACAUUUAUCAUUAUGGACGAAUCAUAUUCUGAUAGUGAUGUUACAUUAUCACCUUCACAGAUAUUGGAACGUUUACAAGCCUUACGGCGAUUACAACUAUUGCAGCGCGGUAAAUUACACAAACAGCGCUUGGAAUACCAAGAUGUUUCGGAGAAUUCCUCCAGUAUCACUGAAAUUAUUAGCCAUUUUACAAACAGUAUCAGUUACAGUACAUUCCGAAGUUUACUUCAGUCUCCUCAAGAUAGCAAUGAAGUAAGUCCUCGUCUUAACACAAGUAAUUUGUCUUCAAAGGUAAAAGAACAAGAUUUAGUUGAAGGGGUUUCUGUGCUGAAUCUCUCUCAAGAAUCUGAAUUCGUCAUGAAUUCUCCCAAUUCCGGAAGAAGUGAAUUAGCUUCUAAUAGAUCACAAUCAAUUCAAGUCCAAAAAAAUGUUUCUGAUACCAAAUCAAUAGCCCAAAAACAAAUAUCUCUGGAUGACAUGCCCAUACUUUCCCCAAAGAAAGAUUUUGAAUCUUUAGUUUUAGAAAAGUUACAAAAGGAAAAACAAGUUCCGAAACCACAAAGCCUUCGAAAUGAUGCAUUACCAGUUUCUAAAAAGCCAUAUUUAAAAAGAGGUGAAGGAUUAGCUCGAUUUGGAUUAAGCAAGAAAGACCUUAUUAUACAGAACACAAAGACUUUACCGUGGAAACAAAGAUAUUUAAAUCUUCAUCAUAGUAAAAGUCUCAAUACAACACCACGAAAAAAUAAUACAAAAAUGAAAGAAGAUGUACCUGUUGAAAUAAUAAUGUCUGAGAAAAAAGAUAAAUUACCUAAAAUAACUGUUACUAAAAGUGCACCAAAAGAAAUAACCGUAACUGAAAAUGGGACAAAAGAAACUGUUCCAAAAGAAUUAAAGUGUAGUGAACCUGUAUUACCUACAAAAACAAUAGGACAUGACAAAAAAAAAGUUUCCCCAGAGAUAAAACAUUUAAAAAACUGUGAAUCACAAGUAAAGCAACACAACUUACUGCAGUGGCCUAAAGAGAAGCACCCAAUGAUGCAGAAUAAAGCAAAAACCUGGGCAGCAAUAUUAAGUAAAGAACAAAAUGAUUUUCUAACACAACUAAAACAAAGUGAUUAUUAUAAAAAUUUUGCCUCCCCAGCUAAAAGUACUGUAUCGGACAUGAGUUGUGAUGAGAACAUUUGUCAGGCUAGGCAAGAACGGGAAACAGCAGAGCAGAAAAUGUUUGACUUGCUUGAAACUAAAGUGACACAUGAAAGUUUCAAUAUGGAAAAUUCAUUUUUCAAUAGGUUUUUGAGAAAAAGUAAUUUAGAAUGUUCUGGGGAAAGCACACCUUUAGUGUUACAGAGGUGUUUAGCUAAUAAUCCAGCACUCAUGCACAUCUACCCUGAUCUAAACAAAGAAAAGAAGAGCACGCACUUUGACAUUGAAACAUGUAACAGUGAAUACACAGAUUGUUGCAGUGAUACCUGUUCCUCAGUCUCCAGUUGCUGUUCCUGUAAAACUGUAGAACAAGCUGAUAAUAAAAAACAUUUGCAGCAAAAUAAAGGUCAAAGAAACAAAGCCCAAAAAGAACAGGAAGUAAAUUCAAAAAAUAAGGUUGAUUGUGAUCAAAAUGACAAUGUCACAGAAACUGAUGUCAUAAAGGCUAACAUGGCAGAAAUGAAUGCAAAAUUAAUUUCCACUAGCGAACUCUUAAAAGACAGACUCCAUGAGCUUGAAGAUGAAAUAGAAACAUUUAGAAAAGAAAAUGCGAAUUUAAGUAAAAUGCGUGAGGAAUUUGAUUUAGAGAGACAAAAGUUUUAUGAAGAAAAAGCAGGAUAUGAACAAAAGUUUAAUGAGGAGAAAAUACUUUCUGAAUAUUAUUUAGCAGAGGAAAAAGAGAAAAUGACCAAACAAAAACAAAUGUAUGAAAGGUAUGUGAGAGAAAUGAGAGGCCGGCUAAACAAGAAAGACAAGGAUGAAGUUGUUAAUUUAAAAAAAGAGAUCAGUGAUCUCAAAGAUGAAAUAAGAUUAAAAGAUGCAAAGUCAACAUCUACCAUAGCUAGACUAAGAAAUCAAUUAAAAAUUAUUGAAAAAGAAAAGAAAGAUUUGCAAGCAGAAGUUGAAAAACUUAAGAAAGAAAAUAGAAGAAUACAACACAGUAAUGAAGUAACCAGAAGAUUGACUAACAUUAAGUACUUAGAGGAGAUCAAUAAGAAGUUAACUCACAUGACAGCAAAAGAUACACAAUCAGAAAUUAAUAUGGAUAACAAUGUUAAGUACAAAGCUUUUGAAAUAGAGAGGCAAAGUAGAAGUAGAAGAGCUGCUAACUCAACUAAAACUAAUAUAAGGCCUAGAGCAAAAAGUGUGCCCAAUUUGAAUGUUACCUCACGUUAUGCCAAAUAUUUUAGCCAGAGGGAUGCUGUUAGUCACAUGGAGAAAAAUAAAUCUCCAAAUGUAGAGCCAUACACAAAUUAUACUUAUCCAUCAGAUAAUGAAGAUACGGAAUGCGAAGAAGAUAAUUUGGAUAUAUCAGACUCCAUUCAAGACAAAGAUGUAAGUGAUAGUGAACAUGAAAAUAAUUUGGAAAAAUUGUACACAGAGCGGUUUCAAUCCAUAUCUCCCAGGAGUAAUAAAUCAAAUGUUACAAAUAGUGAAAGGAACAGCCUGGAGAAUAAUGUUCAUGCCUCAGAUCAAUUCUUUUUACGUAAAUCUGAAAGUAGUAGGGACUCAAAGUCACCAGUUUUACAUCCAAACAAACCUAGCAAUUUAAAUACAAUCUCCAGUAGAUCUAAUUCAUCUAGGUCCAAAUCUCCUAUAUCUAUUCUAAGUCAUAAAACGACUAAUAGCCGAAUAUCAUCAAAUAAUGAUUUACACAGCUCUAUGGAACAUUUGUCCAACAAUUCUGGUCAUUCUUCUAGAUCCAAAUCACCAUACUCAAGUGGAAAUUUCACAUCAAAUAGCUUUAGACCUUCAACUGUUGUAAAUAAAGCUCAAUAUAGAGACAGAUUGUCAGUUGUUAGUCCUGAACCUACAACAAGCAAAACCAGCUUAUCGAAAACCAAUUUAAAACCAACUGAAACUGUGAAACCUGAUGGUUCAAAAGAAUUCCGUUUUCCCAAUGGAAAUGUGAAAUAUAUAUCUGCAGACGGAUUGUACAGCAAGUUUGUUUAUUACAAUGGAGACAUCAAAGAGAACUUCUACAAUGAGGGGAGAAUUAAAUAUUAUUAUGCAGAAUCUAAAACCUACCAUACUACUCAUCCUGAUGGCUUAGAGGUCCUAGAAUUUCCAGAUGGCCAAGUGGAGAAACGAUACAAGGACGGUUCAACCGAGAUCCGCCUGCCCAACGGCAGCGUCCGCUACUUCGACCCGAAGAACCAGCACGUGCGCGAGGAGUGGCGCUUCCCCGACGGCGCGGCGCUCACGGUCGCCGCGGACGGGCAGCAGAGGAUCGUGUUCCCCAAUGGGCAGGUCGAGGUUCACGCUAAAGAUCAUAAACGCCGUGAAUUCCCCGACGGCACUGUGAAACUGGUGUACAACGAUGGCACGUCUGAGACGCGGUACGCUUCGGGAAGAGUUCGCGUCAAGGACAAGAACGGACAUCUCAUUAUGGACUCGGCUCCUGGGUGAUUAACUUGAUUGAAGCAGUAUAGCUAGUUGUAGCUAGAAUAAGGUCAAGUGGAGCAUAUUUGGCCUUAUUUCCUUUGAUUACUUGUGGGGCUAUUCAAUAACUUUCAGAAGCCAUUAAAUGUUUUAUAUAUAGGUACUCUCUUUCUCUUGUCUUUUUGAUCGCAAAAAAUCUUUAAAAUUUAUAUAAAAGGAGAAAAAAAAUGUUCUUGGCUUUUAGAAGUGUUAGUUUUAACAUUGAUAAGAGUAGAUACUUUCGGCAACAGAUGUUUGGUUUUAAAUUCAAAUAAUUUCAAGAGAUUUAUAACUUUAGUCUGUAUGUGUCAGUUGCCAUCAGCAAUUUUAACGUUAUUUGGUUGUUAAUAAAGGCCAAAUGUGCUCUAUAAAUCUGCCUGUAGUACUGAAUUAUAUAUGCAUGUGUAAUUUGUAUAAAGAAUAAUAUGAGCAUUCUAUUCGGAAUUAUAUAUGCAUGUCUUACGAUCAAUAAUUUUGGCAAAGUACCUAAAAUUGCUCAAUGUAAAAUUUUGUAAAUAAAAUAAUUGCAUACAUACCUAUAGCAUUAGACAAGUUUAUUUGAAUCUCAAUUCAAUCAUUAAGCCAAGCAGCUGAACAUGGCCUUUCAGUAUUUGCAAGACUGUUGGGUCUGCCUACCCCGUGAGGGAUGGAGACUUGAUUAUAUGAAUGUAGUAUUGGACCUACGAGGGGUCUAUCAUGAAGUUGACAAGGCAUAUAUCUUAUCUACUCUCUUUGGUUAUCGGUAAUUUCGAGUUUGAUAUACCUAUAAUAAAGGGGCUGGGCCCUACAUGGUCAAGUAUACGAAACCUAUCGCGAUUUUAAACCUGUCUCUUAAUGUUUUGUAAAUUGAAAUUUUAUUGAAUUAUAAAUAAGAUAUGUUACAAAUCGCCAAUUUGUUACUAUUAUACAUAUAUUUCUGAUUAUUGAAUAUUGUUAAUCAUUUGAUGAAAUAAGUUUUUACCAUGU